AUGUCAGUUGCGGCUACAACUCUGGACCAGCAAGCAUGAAAAUUCUUCUAUUAUCUGCUCUUGUGGGACUUUCCUUGUCGCUGCCAUCUCCUGACCAGAGUCAGAGUGGGGCAGCUGAAUCAUUGGAAGAAAGUCCGAAUUUAUACCCGGAGGAAAGUUCGGGAAGAUUCGAAGGCGAUAUUGACAUUUUUCCCGGCGAAAAUCCAUUCCAUCGCAACGCGCUGCGAAACCGCAACCUGCGAUGGCCAAAUGGAGUUGUCCCGUACGAAAUAUCGUCGGAAUACCCUUCCACGGUUCAGAACAUCAUGCACGCCGCCAUGCAGGAGAUUGAAACAAAAACGAGGGUCAAUGGUAAAACCUGUAUCCAUUUCAAACCCCACGCCGGCGAGACCUCCUACGUCAAGUUUGUAGGAGGAGACGGUUGCCAUACUCACGUGGGUCACGUGAACCGAAGAGCUGACGUCACGAUUGGUCACGGGUGUGAGCGGAAAGGAACUAUCAUCCACGAACUAUUGCACUCGCUUGGAUUCCACCAUGAACAGAGCAGACCAGACCGGGACAACUACGUCACGAUACACUACAAUAACAUCAAAUCAGGCGAGGAAGGAAACUUCAAGAAAUAUUCAACGAACGAAGUUGACACGCUGGGACAACCGUACGACUAUGGAAGCGUAUUGCACUACAGUGCACACGCAUUUGCCAUCGACAAGUCCAAACCAACCAUAGAACCCAAACAAUCUGGCGUCACCAUCGGCCAAAGGAUCGGCCUGAGUCCAAUUGAUAUCAAGGAAAUCCAGCUGCUUUAUGACUGUGUCGCACCCGACCACAGCGGGCACACGAGUGAUCCCCACGUGUCCCUUGCGCCGACAACUGACCCUUCCCCUAGCGGAUCGGACGUUUGCACGUUCCAAUCAGGUUUCUGUGACUGGCACAAUUCGCAAUCUGACACCAUGGACUGGACCCGUAACAAAGGCACCACACCAAGCACACACACAGGGCCUCAUGCUGAUCAUAGUGGAAGUACCUCACAUUACUACAUCUACCUGGAAGCGUCAGGCCACACACACAAAGCCGCUUACCUUGACUCCAAGACCUACCCAGGGGGCGACUACUGUGUCAAGUUCUACUACCACAUGCACGGCGCCAACAUUGAGACACUGCGACUGUACGCCGUGGCUGGAGGGACCAAGCACUCCCUGAGGUCUUUCACAGGUGACCAUGGCAACACUUGGCACCACCAGUCCAUCAAUGCACACAUCCACACCACUGGGACAUUCCAUUUCCAGUUCUCUGGCCACACCGGCAGCGCGGCAAAGGGAGAUAUCGCUAUUGAUGACAUUGAAAUUCACUCUGGUAACUGUUAAAAUGGUGAUAAAUAUAGCAAGAAUCGAA